AUGACGUUCGGCGAGGAGGGCAAGGGGGGAGUUCGAGUCUCAGACCUACAGGAUAUCGAGGCGAUCUUGGAUGUGUUCGCCGCUCAUGGACACACCGAGCUUGACAACGCCCGUGUAUAUGCCGAAGGAACGUCCGAAGGGCACGUCGCGAAGAUUGAUCUUGCGAAGAAGGGACUCAAGGUUGAGACGAAGCUCUACCCCAACGCAGGCCUGCCGGAGGCGGUCAGGACUGAGAUGUUCGGCGACUUGGUAAUCACCCAUCGUCCGGAAGAUCUGCGCAAAUACUUGGACCAAUCGCUGAAGGAGGUUGGCACCGACUGCUUGGAGAUGUGGUAUCUGCACGGCCCCGAUCGUAGCACUCCUUACGAGGACACGCUGAAGGCCGUCAACGACCUCUACAAGGAGGGCAAGUUCAAGCGCUUCGGUAUCAGCAAUUACAUGUCCUGGGAGGUCGCGCAGAUGUGCGAGAUUUGCAAGGCGAAUGGUUAUGUCCUGCCGACUGUCUACCAGGGUAUCUAUAACGCCGUUCAACGGAACAUCGAGCCAGAACUCAUCCCCUGUUUACGCAAAUACGGCAUCAGUUUCUACGCUUUUAACGCCCUCGGCGGCGGCUUCUUCACCGGACGGUACCUCAGCCCGGAAGACAAGGUCGAUCCUGGCUCCCGGUUCGAUGAUGAGAAGAUGCAAGGAAAGAUGUACCGCAUGCGGUACUGGAAGGACUCGUACUUCAAGGCGGUCGGCAUCAUCAAGGAGGCCUCGGAUAAGCACGGACUCACCAUGGCCGAAGUCGCGCUCAGAUGGAUAUCCCACCACAGUGUCUUGAAGCGCGAGUACGGCGACUCCGUCAUCAUUGGCGCGUCCAGCCUCAAAUACAUCGAGCAGAACCUAGUCGAUCUGGAGAAGGGCCCGCUUCCUGAAGACGUCGUCAAGGCGCUGGACGAAGCCUGGGGAACGGUGAAGGCGGUUGCUGCGCCUUACUUCCACUAG